AUGGCGGCGCCCUGGAGGGAGCCGCUCCAGCGGGCGCUCAAGCAGAACGCCGGCUCCCGCGACUCGCGCUACCUCCAGCUGGCGACGGUGCGCCCCGACGGCCGCCCCGCCAACCGCACCGUCGUCUACCGCGGCUUCCUGGCCGACACCGAAGUGCUCACCUUUGUCACAGACUCGAGGAGCCGGAAGAUAGAAGAGAUUGCGCGCAGCCCGUGGGGGGAGGUGGCCUGGUACUUUCCAGGCACGCGGGAGCAGUUCCGCCUGCUGGGCCGCCUGACUGUGGUGGGCGCCGCCACCGAGGACGCGGCGCUGCAGAAGGGGCGGCUGGCGGCGUGGAAGAGCAUGUCGGACCCCGGGUGGCAGCAGUUCCUGUGGCCGCAGCCCGGGGAGCCGCGCGGCGGCGAUGAUAGCAUCUUCAGGCCGGAUCCGCCCACGGCGCAGGACCCUGUCCUGGACACAUUCUGCCUGGUGUGCCUGGAGGUGGAGGAGGUGGAUCACAUCCAGCUCAAUGGAAACCUGCGCCACGUGUACCUGCUGCAGCCGGCCGCGGCGGCAGCGGCAGGAGAAGCAGCCGCAGCGGAAGGCGCGGCAGCGGAGUGGGCGGUGCGAAACGUCAACCCGUGACCGGCUGUGCCAUGCAUAUACGCUCUGAUUCAUUUGAUUGGUAUUUCUUCACAUCUUCCCUCGCACGUCUGUCGGCAACAUUCGAUCCGCC